UGUAUUUGUGUGAUGUUUCAGGUCUAUAUAAGGAGUACGGACAAAGACCGGACCUUGAUGAGUGCCUACUGUGUACUCAGUGGAAUGUUUCCUCCUUUAAAUGGUAGUGACGAGCAGUGGAACACAGAAAUCAACUGGCAACCAAUUCCUGUCCACACGAUACCAUUAGAUGAAGAUUUUUUGUUGAAUACACAAGCUCCUUGCCCAAGAUUCAAUGAACUUGAAGCUGAUUUUUUUAAAAGCGAAUUUGUAGCCAACUUCACCUCACGAUAUCAGGAUCUCAUCAACAAUGCUUCCAAACUGUCUGGACUUCCGCCAACUUUAGUCGGGCUGAUGAUUAUUGUAGAUACCCUCUUCUGUGAGUAUACACAUCACCUGAAUAUGUCUGAAUGGGAGACAGUCCUACCACUUCAUCCACUUGUGAUUCAACUUCUGGACUACGAAAACACUUAUUUAUUUUACACAGAGGAGAUGGCCAAACUAAGAGGAGGCAAGUUUUUAUUUAUCAAAUCAGAUGGUACUUGUUUUAAGCAUACAAAAAUAAUUUAAAAGUUUGUCAGAAAGUUCAGGGUCACAAACAAGAUUUAUUCUGGUUGAACCUAUAUACAUGUAGUCACAUUGUAGAUAUAACAAGCCACUGUACAUAGAUCACACAAAUAUCUAAUUGUCUAAUUAUCUAAUUGUACUGGUGUGUGAAAUUGGGGCCAUGAUGGCAGAGUGGUUAAGGUGUCCCAACACUUUAUUACUAGCUCUCCACCUCUGGGUGGCAAGUUUGAAACGUACGUGUGGCAGUAGCAUGGUACUGACCAUAGGUCGGUGGUUUUUCUCCAGGUACUCUGGCUUUCCACCAGCUCCAAAACCAGGGAUGUCCCUGGCUGUUGAUAGGACGCUAAACAAA